AUGGAAACAACGAACAAAUCUCUUUGGUUGAACGCAGGAGCCGUCGCCGCCGCUAUCGGCGCGUCUCUCUGUUGCAUCCUACCGGUAGCGGUGGCGAUCCUCGGGUUCGGCUCUGCCGCUCUGGGCGCCGAGCUGGAGCCUUUCCGGCCCUACUUCAUGCUGCUGACGGCCGCCUUCCUGGGAUUCGCCUUCUACCAGGCCUACAAGCCGCGAAAGUGCGAACCGGGUGAAGCUUGCGCGGUACCUGAGGACCGCAGGCGCCAUCGCAUCGUGCUUUGGAUCGUCGCGGUGCUGGCGGUCGUGCUGAUGGCCUUCCCGUACUACAUUUCGCUGCUGUUUUAA